AUAGAGGCUUCGCGGCAGACAUCUUGGAGUAUCACUCUACUGGCGGCAGCGUUCAAAAAUGGCGAAAAUGAAAGGCUACUACGAAUCACUAAACCCGGAGGAUAAGACCGUUUACAGAGAAAAAUGUGCGUCGAUUGGUUCGGUGGACCCUUAUUUGAUUCCCUUUAAGGAUUACAGCACCGAUAUAAAUGCAUGGCCUUCACUUUCCUACUGUGAUAUCGUGAACUACCUGGUUUUUUCGCCUAUUCCAUUGUACACCAUGGAGGAAAUGAAGGCGUACAAAGGACUCGAGGCACAUAAAGAGUUCACAUCCGGGUGGAUCCGCGACGUUUGCGUUGCAUAUCAAGGAGAUGUGGCUGUAAUAGCUGGAAAAGUAUUGCAUUCUCAGAGUAUUGGGCUGCCGCCAACAUGUCCGUGGGUACUGAUGAAGAAGGAUGGUGCAGUCAUCACAGCUAACUGCAACUGCAAGGCUGGUUUGGGAUCGACAUGUACCCAUGUUGCAUCUCUCCUUUUCUACAUAGAAACAUCUAUACGGAUACGUGAUGCCAAGACAGUUACCCAGGAAAAGGCGUAUUGGCUUCUACCUGGAUCAGUCAAGGAUGUAACACCUUCCCCUGUUGCUGACAUUGACUUUACUUCGGCUAAAACCCGAAGGAAUCGUUUAAGCCAAGCAAUUGACAGUCUUGGUGAUGCAGCUAAUUUAACAACAAAAACAACACCACCACUUUUACGUCACUCGAGGGAAAUUCCAAAAGCGACAGAUGCUGAGCAACAGUCUUUCCUGGCGUCACUGAAAUCUACUGGAAGGAAGUGUGCAAUAUUGACAAUCUCAGCUCCACACAAUGCCGAUUUUGUCCCAAAAGUGACUUUGUCAACAUUUCCGAAGCCGCUUUCUAGUUUAAAAAGUGAGAACUGCCUAGAAAUGGACCAUAAAGCCGAAAACAGCUUAAAUCAUUUUUCAAACAUUCCCCUACACAACCAAACCCCAAAUCACUUUUCUGAUUAUCAAGACAUUUAAUUGACCAAGUACAACAUUGACAAUAAUGUAAUAAUAAUUACAAUACAAACAUAUCAUAUUUUUCAAUCUGAUGUGGGUUAAUUGGGGUGUAACAGAAUGUAAAGGCUCAAUCAACGGGUAUUACAGUAUCACACACAUUAUUCAGGUCGCAGCACACUUCAGCUAUUUUAUCCAUCAAUGUAAUCCCAUCUACAUCUUUAGAAAGUAAAAAAUCUAUAGGAAUUGGUCCUCCCAAAAUGGUAUAUCGCUGCCUUACACAUCCUGUGACACGCUCAACAUGAAUUUGCACGUUAGCAAUUUUCCUUGUGUCAAUAACAUCUUUCAUUGAUAAUUGUUUCCGGCCUUUCAUGAAUGCAGGCACCUUAACCUCAGCACACAUGAAACCCACUGAGUCACUUAUAUUGAAACCUCGGUCUGCCAAAAUCAAAUCACCAGGCAAAAUGUUAUCUACAGUAAGAAGCCACCAUGUUAUCCUUAUCACUGGACCUGCCACCCCAUGCCCUUGAAAUGAAUGAUAUAACACCCUGCGGACAGAUUCCUAUGAGAAAUGUUAUGGUGUUGUGAUGUUUGUAGUUUGACCAAGUCUGAGCCCGUGCCAUUACAUUUGAUGGCCUGUCAAUGAAAACCAUCAUUAGAAUGGCAAAAGUAGGAAGUCCCGUGUAGAACCGCACACGGUCAUCAUCGCCCUUAAAUGUACUCUCUGAAAUUGUGGACUUUACAAGCUUUUCUUUUAAGUUAACAUUUUCUGUUGUUACAUUAUUAAUUUCAAAUGACAUUUUGUCAAUCAUUUCACCAGUCCAAUCAGUCUGAGUUGCAGUGCCAGUCUCUGGUUCAAUCAGUCCUUCUUCUUCCCCAGUGGCUCCCAGGACUGGUGCGGGCUCUUCUGGAGAUGGUAUAUCAGACACCAUGCUGUAGAGAUCAAGUAGUGCAAUGGAUGACCUUUUUCUGGCGCGUUUAUAACUGGCAUGUGUAGCAGGGGAAGGUGCUGUAAUUUUCUCCUGGCCCAAUUUGACAGACGGUGCCCAGUCAGGAUGAUUUUUGUCAAAAAGUGCCACUGGUUUACCUGCAAAUAAAUCAGAUUGUAGGUCAGUUA